AUGAAAUUUGAUUAUGCAGAGAUGAAUUGUUACAGUCCAGAAGGAAAACCGGGACAACUUGAACGAGCACAGACAGCUAGUGAAUUAGGAAGUACAUGCUUAGCACUUAAGAAUAAUAACGCAGGAGUAAUUAUAGCACACAAUCCACUAAGAUCUAAACUCGCAGAACCAAGUAAGAAAAUCUUUGAAAUUGAACCAUCAACACUCUUUGCAUUUGCUGGUAUUACAAAUGAUGGUCUUUGUAUGGUAGAUUAUCUCGAAAAUAAACAUCUUUAUGAAACAGUAGAGAGAAAUAGGAAAAUGCACCCAGUACAAGUAUUUGAAGAUUUUACAUAUGGAAUGUCAUACUCAUCACUAGUUGGAGAUUCAAGACUCUGUGGAGCAUCAGGCAUUCUAUUAACAGAAUUUGAAGAUAAAAUAGUAUUAGUUGAGUCUAAGCCUAAUAAAACAGCUAAAGAGGUUUAUGGAUGUGCAAUUGGCAGUAGAAAUUAUAGUUGUAAAACCGUAUUAGAAGAUGACUUAGAAAACUUCAUAGAUCCAAAUUGUACAAGUGAAGAACUAAUACAAAUAGGAUUAAAAGCUAUGAAAAAUGCUCAUCCUGAAAAUGAUGAAGUUAAUGUUUUAAAACCAGAAGACUUAGAAAUAUUUUUAAUUGAAAUUGGUAAACCUCAUCAAAAAAUUAACCCAACUGAAGUUUUAUAA